AUGAACGAUCCUGGGUAUGUCGCACUGCUCGCACAGGUUCAGAUUGUGGUGGUUUCUGAACUAAAAAACGAUCAGCAAACGUACUACUUGCGGCUGAGUUCCACUAUUUUCCUGGAAACAAACUCUUUUGGCCUAGUAACACUACCAAAAGGCCUAGGCAUAUCACGAAAGCUAAAAGACCUUGUCAUAUUGUUCAAACUACGCAGCGACUCAAAACUUACACCAGGAUUGAUGAGAGUCGUACCAUUGAGAAUCCUGGGCUUACUGAACUGCUCGCACAGAGUCAGAUCGGGAGGUUACGAAACGUAAUAGAAUCAAACAACCAUCAGCAAACGUGAUCUUGUUCGAGAACAUUACGCGCCGACCUACUAGGUACUACUUGCGUUUGAGUUCCAUUAUUUUCC